AUGCGCGUUCCUGCUGGAGCACCAAUACCAUUCUGGCUGUCAGUGAAAAAUCGUUUUCCGAAAUGGGCAAAGAUGAGUAGACCUACGCUUGGAUCGAUGGCUGUGGUAGCGACCGCAGUGGUCACUUGUUGUGCUGUUGCCGCUGUGACUCUUUAUCCUAAAUAUCAUCAUGACUAUUACCAAAAAGCUCAAAAGGAAGAACGAGCGAUGCUUCGAUCUUCUCGUGAACAGCAAGCUGGUCCGCAGAAUGUAUGGAUUGAUCCAUUCGAAAGAAAAUAA